AUGCCCCAUUUACACACAAAAAUUUCUCUCAAAAAAAUUUUUAGACGCCCAAUAUUUUAUAUAACGGUAAUUGUAGUGCCUAUAUUCCUUAUUUCGACAUUGUCAAUUCUUGGAAUUUUCACACCUGGAUCGAGUGAUGGACCGAGAGGGGAAAAAGUCUCGUUGGGAUUAGGAAGUUUGUUGGCUAUGACUGUGCUGCUUGGAAUUGUUGCUGGGGUGAGUUUUAAUUAUUUAACAUUUGCGAACACGACAUGUUUGAAUAGACAUCUUCGGAACGACGUUUGA